AUGCGCGCGAUGCGCAAAGAUUUGAAUAGAAACAACGCUGUGACGGGGAUGCCCCCUGUUCCCGCUGCGCUCCCCAUCGACGCCCUCGAGCAUCCCGAUCACGCGGUGGUUGCCUGUGCUGCAAGGCGAGCGCGGGUAUUAACUUUCAGCAGGAAGAAGAAAUGCGACGAGAUCCACCCUCGAUGCAGCGAUUGCCGCCGCUUAAACCUCCCCUGUCAAUGGAAAGCUUCGCCGUCAUCCCCAAGCUCCAGCCACCCGUCGCUUCCCCCCUCUUCCGAAAGCAAUCUAUCUCUAGCAACCCCAGAUCCGAUCUCCCCUUCCGAUGAUGCCGUGGAUGAUCCGAUAGGAAGCUCAUUCCCAUGGCUGGCCGUGGAGGAGAUCAUCGUCCCCGUCGCAUCGCCCUGCGGAUCCGCCAACCCUUAUCUGCACAAUGACGAAGAGCGCUCGCUAUUCAAUCACUAUCUACACAUCGUAGCGCGCUCAUUAUCGCGGUCCGGGGAUCCUGGUGGAAACCCCUUUCUGUCGAUCUUGCUACCGAUGGCAGCCAGUUCAGACACGGUGACUAGUGUGAUUCUAGGCCUGAGCGGUUGCCAUUGGAAACGUGUCUACCCAGGCAUUUGGAAUCGCGCAUUAGCGCGCCAGGGAAAAGACGGCCAAUCCACCCUGGAAGCCUGCACAACGGUGCUACUCCUCUGUCUAACUGAACUAUGCGAUGGCAGUUCUCAUGCGUGGGAGUGGCAUCUGAAAGCAGCUAGUGCACUCCUUGCUUCAGUGGGAGACAGUAGCCUUGAAUCGACACUGGAAGGGAGGUUCUGUCUCCAGCUGUUCCGAUAUCUGGACUCCAUGUCGACGAUAUCCCGCUGCAAGCCACCGCUUCUUCGGGAGGAUGCGAAACUUACUGACCUUACCGCGAAUCAGUCCAUUUGCAGUCUCUCGUCUGCCCCCGUAGAUGCUGUCUCUGGGAUGGUCCCGGCGUUGCUCGAACUUCUAGGUAUGGUCAACUUGCUCGCGGCACACCGUAGUCGUCGCGUUGAUGAACUCUCCGAGCUUGGGUUUCGAACGGCUGCCUCCCAUGUUCGGUCUCAGUUGGACUCGUGGAGAGCGGAAUAUGACAGCGCUGCGGGUACGGACUACGAGACAGAUCAAGUUACUACGGCCUUUGAAUGGGCGGUACGACUGCGCCUGCAUCAGGUGGUUGAUGGGUAUGAUCCGCACCACGAGAUGGUGGAAACCGCAGUUUCUCCUAUUCUCAAUGCUGUGAUGACCAUUCCAUAUGGUAGUCCUGUAGAGGGAUGUUUACUUUUCCCGCUGGUAAUUGCUGGGGCUAGUAGCACAGAUGUUGAGAGACAGAUGUUGGUCAAGGAAAGGCUAAUGGUUAUGGAGAAUACUUUGGGAUUUGGACAUAUUUCGCACGCCCGACAGUUGUUGGAGACUGUAUGGGCGGAUGAGGCUGAUUGCAAUUGGGCCAGGGUGAGAUAUAGUUUGUUCCCCGGGAUGGUAUUUGUAUGA